AUGCGUUUCAGCACACUCUACUCGUUGGCCAUAGGCCUUUCCGGUCUUGACAUUGCUGCGGCGAGCGUUUGCAAGCCAAAGCCUUCCGGACCGGCCUCUUCAUCGGCUGAGUCCGUUUCGACUUUAGGAACAUCGAGUUUGACCUUGUCUUCAGCUUCUUCCGCAACCUUUGCCAGCUCUACCGAAGCAGCCACUACCGAAGCCACGACUGUGGCUGAACCCACCACUACCCUGGAGGUUACCGAAACCGAGACUGCCACUACCGAAGCGAGCACCUCCGAAACCACUGCGCCAUCUGGUACAAUCUCAGAAUCUCUCGAUAUUCCCACCACCACUCAGACCACGGUUGCCAUUCCAUCAAGUACCGCUCUGCCAUUAUUCCGCGUCUUCGCUCAAGGUGGUCCCACCGAUGGUUUACCUCUCUUGGCCGACAGAAACGGACAAGCUAUUCUUCUCUUUGACAACAACGAAGGCGACUUCACCGAUGCUUUCUUCGCCGUUGACCCCGUCACCCAUCAUCUCAUGCUCGAUAACGAACAGCCUAUUUGUGGUUACUUUGGAGACAACAACGGGCUCGCCAGCUUGGUAAGAUGUGACCCUGGCCCAACGUCAGAGGAGGUCAAGAUCGAAUGCCAAGUUCCCGUAGCUACGGGCGAUUCUCUAGCAUGCAGUGUCGCCGCGUUGGUUUGUGACCCGAAUUGUAUGGCAAACGGCGAGACCUGGAGUACGUUGUAUAUUGAUACCUGGGGGGGAGAUGUCCGCCAUAGUUCAAAUCUCGGAUCUGACUCUGUGGAUGGAAAGUCCAAGGUACCAUUGAGAGUCGAGUUCCUUGCAUAG